CAGGAGUUGGGAAGCAUGUACGAUUACCUGGCGAAGAUAAUACUAUUGGGGCCCAGUGGGUGCGGGAAGUCAUGUCUGUUGCAUCGGUUUGUCAAGGACGAGUGGCGUGUACUCUCGUCACACACCAUCGGCGUUGAAUUCUCCUCGAAGAUCGUCAAAGUCGGCACCGGCGCUCGGCGCAAACGCAUCAAGUUACAAUUAUGGGACACCGCCGGCACCGAACGCUUCCGCUCCGUCUCCCGCUCCUACUACCGCGGCGCCGCCGGCGCCAUCCUCGUCUACGACAUCGCCUCCCGUGCCUCCUUCUCCGCCCUCCCAACCUUCCUCCACGACGCGCGCGCACUCAGCUCUCCACAGCUCACCGUCAUCCUCGCUGGUAAUAAAGCCGACCUCUCCGAGCCGACCUCCAGCCACGGCGGCCCCCCCUCUGAAGAAAACCUCAUCGACAUGCCCAGCACGCCGACCGCCAGCAGCUACGACAGCCGGCGCAGCGCCGCGUGGAGCACGAUGACGCCGACGGCGACGCAGGCGCCGGAGGGGCGGGAGGUGAGGGUGGAGGAGACGGCGCGGUGGGCGGCGGAGAACGGGGUGCCGGUGGCGGUGGAGGUGAGCGCGCUGACGGGGGAGGCGGUGGAGGAGCUGUUCACGCGGCUGGGGCGGAUGAUUCUGACGAAGAUUGAACUUGGGGAGAUCGAUCCGGCGGAUCCGAGCCAGGGGAUUCAGUACGGGGACUGGGGGGAUACGGGGAGCGUGCGGAGCGGGAUGACGGUGGAGGAUGCGGGAAUGAGGCGGAGGGGAAGGAGGAGGGGAGAGGGGACGGGGAGGUGGAGGGAGGGGAUGAGGGAGUGGGAGGAGGUGUUUCGGUUGGAUUCGGGGAGGAGAGGGGCAGGCGGCGGCGGCGGUGGUGGUGGGUGCAAUUGUUAA